UAAAUCCUGGCCUGGAUUGCCGAGUUUCCACUGAAGGUAAAAGUCGGGCCUGGCAGCCUUCCCCAGGCGAGAAGCAACAAGGUCGAAGAAUGCAGGGCUGCAGCUUUCAGACCUGGCUGAGCGCCAGUGCUCCGGGUUGUCUUGGAGGAGUAGCAAGCGGAUCGUGGUGCGAAAGUGUGAGCCGUGGGACUAAAAGGCUGUGGAGUGCUGGACCUGAGAUCUCCACCUCCUGUGUCCUCCAGAAGUUGCCAGAAACAAUGUUCAUCUUUUACAUGUUGGUAAUGAGUGUUUCAGCCUUCACCAUUCAGCCUGAGGAACACGCAGUGGCUGCAGAAAACUGCAAAUUUCUUGGCAAGCAUUUCAAAACCGACUUCAGGGUAGAAGGGGAGCCUGUGGUCCUGAGGUGCCCCCAGGCGCAGCUCUGGUUGUGGGCGUCUGUCAGCCCCUAUGUCAACGUGACGUGGCGUAAAAACGAUUCUACUAGAAAGGUCCCUGGGGAAGAAGAGACGCGAAUGUGGAUCCAGGAUGGUGCUCUCUGGAUCUUGCCAGCCUUGCAAGAGGACUCUGGCACCUACAUCUGCACUAUCAGAAAUGCCUCUUACUGUGAUGAAAUGUCCAUUGAGCUCCGGGUUUUCGAGAAGACAGAAGCUUCCCUGCCUUUCAUAUCGUACCCGCAAAUUCUAACCUUGUCAACCUCUGGGUCCUUAGUUUGCCCUGAGCUGAGUGAAUUCACCCAUAACAAAAUGGACGUGAAGAUUCAGUGGUACAAGGAUUCUGUCCUUUUGGAUCAAGACAACGAGAAGUUUCUAAGUGUGAGGGGAACCUCUCGCUUACUCAUCCAAAAUGUGUCUGUGGAGGAUGCAGGUUAUUACACUUGUGCCAUGACAUUCACCCAUGAAGGCAUGCCGUACAACGUGACUAGGAACAUUGAACUACGUGUCAAUAAAAAAGAAGAGGAGACAAUUCCUGUGAUUAUCUCCCCCCACCAGACCAUAUUAGCUUCACUGGGAUCAAGACUGACAAUCCCGUGUAAGGUGUUUCUGGGAGCCGGGACACAGUCGACCACCAUGCUCUGGUGGAUGGCCAACAACACCAGAAUAGAGAAUGCCUACCAGGGAGGCCGCGUGGCCGAGGGGCAGCGCCAGGAAUACUCAGAGAACAAUGAGAACUACAUCGAAGUGCCACUGGUUUUUGAUCCAGUCAUAAGAGAGGAUUUGAACACGGAUUUCAAAUGCCUUGUCCGUAACACACUGAGUUUUCAGACGCUCCGUACCACGGUCAAAGAAGUUUAUAUCAUCCUCCUGACAUGCACGCUCAUUGGAAGAGGACACGCUGGACCUUGGCCACAUCCCAGUUGGCUGGUUGAGAUUUGAACAGAUAAUGUCUUAUUGCACGCUAUUCAACAGGUUGGAACAGAGACCCUCGCCACCUCACCCCACUCUGCUCUUUCUCUCUGAUGGAUGUUCAUUCUACCUUGCUUGUUUCCCUAAUACUGCAGAUGUCCUUCUCAAAUAUCCUUGAUCUGAUGCGAGGGGCAUGCUUUCUGAAAAAUCAGUGCAUAAUUAUUAGAAAAAAUGAACUCCGGUUCCUGUCUUCUCUAUAAACACGCAUUGCACUGUCCUGCUUGGCAGUGAGAGAAUGUUCCUUCCACCCAUAAUGUGACUCUGUUCUUC